GAGGGAGAGAGCGAGCGUGGCUGGGGUGGUGAGGAGACGCGCGGCGCGGAGGCGGACGGUGGGCGGGCGGUGAGGUGACCGGGAUGGUGGAAGACUGACGCAUGACGCAGGUCUGUUCACUCCCCUGAGUCCUAGAGACACUAGUGCCAGCCCACGAACUUUCUGGAAGCCAGAAAUAAUGUUUUGACCCCCAAAAGGGAAAAUCAGUUCCAAAUAGAAAUUAAUAAAUGUAUCCAAAUGUAACCUAUUAACUGGAACGUAACCCAUAUACUUAAGAAUUAUAUUUGAUGUAGAAUGUGGGUUCAUAUAUUUUAUGUAAUUUGGGCCGGGCGUCCAAAAGUAUGUGUUUAGGGCCCUUGGAGCUAUUGAAAUGGUCUUGAACUGAGUAGAAGGGUGUGGGACGGAGGUGAAAGGGUAGUGUCAGGGCUGGUUGCCUUUCAAGUGAUACCAAGCUAUAGGCCCUGGCCCUGGGGAGGCAGAGGAUGGCCGUUUUCUAAUUUACACAAAAGUUCCCAGUGGAUGAUGUUAUGGGAAAGGGUUUGAGGAGUCUGGUUCUAAGAGUACCAGACGCAAGGGGUACUCUUUCCUGACCACAAGAAGAAAGUGAACUGAAGGCUUGGCGCAGAAAGCUUUUUGGAAAGAAAGGUUACGUGAACUGGAGGUGAAAGGGUUGGGUUAAAUACUUUAAGAUGAGAAACAUUGAUGUUUGUUUGAGCUCUGAAGGGACUGAAGUGAUUUUAGCUACAUCAAGUGAUGAAAAACACCCACCUGAAAAUAUAAUUGAUGGAAAUCCAGAAACAUUUUGGACCACCACAGGAAUGUUUCCCCAAGAGUUCAUUAUUUGUUUUCACAAACAUGUAAGGAUUGAAAGGCUUUUAAUCCAGAGUUACUUUGUACAGACCUUGAGGAUUGAAAAGAGCACUUCUAAAGAGCCAGUUGAUUUUGAGCAGUGGAUUGAAAGAGAUCUGGUACAUACAGAGGGGCAGCUUCAAAAUGAAGAAAUUAUGGGGACAUCUUAUGCCUGUUCCUGCUACCACAAUGUUCACCUUUUUAAUUAUUUUCUAAAAUUAAAUUUCAAGGAAUGGAAUUACUGGGUCCAUGGGUAUAGACAUAUUUAUAGCUUCUUAUAUAUACUGCCAGAUUGCUUUUCGGAGACUUUUUUUACAUUUUUAUAUAAAUGUAAAAGUAUAAUAUUCAGGGUAGUGUAUUCUGAGGCAUCAUCCAACAAAUGAAAUCUCUUAUUAUGAAAAAUACUUCAGAAAAACACUUUAAAAAAAUUAAUCAGGGCUUCCCUGCUGGCACAUGGUUAAGAUCCGCCUGCCAGUGCAGGGGACACAGGU